UGCGGCGGGUCGGAGCCCGCGGCUGGCUGCGGCCAUGAACUUCUCGGAGGUGUUCAAGCUUUCCAACCUGCUCUGCAGGUUCUCCCCGGACGGCAAGUACCUGGCUUCCUGUGUCCAGUACCGCUUAGUAAUUCGGGAUGCGAACACCCUUCAGAUCCUUCAGCUGCACACGUGCCUAGACCAGAUCCAGCACAUAGAGUGGUCAGCAGACUCCCUCUUCGUCCUAUGUGCCAUGUACAAGCGGGGUCUCGUGCAGGUGUGGUCUCUGGAGCAGCCAGAAUGGCACUGCAAAAUCGACGAGGGCUCUGCAGGGCUGGUUGCCUCGUGCUGGAGCCCGGAUGGACGUCACAUCCUCAAUACCACUGAAUUCCACCUGCGGAUAACUGUCUGGUCCCUGUGCACAAAGUCCGUGUCUUACAUCAAGUAUCCCAAAGCUUGUCAGCAGGGAAUAACUUUUACCAGGGACGGCCGCUACCUGGCCUUGGCAGAGAGGCGGGACUGCAGGGACUACGUGAGCAUCUUCGUUUGUAGCGAUUGGCAGCUCCUUCGGCACUUUGACACGGACACCCAGGAUCUCACAGGGAUCGAAUGGGCCCCGAAUGGCUGUGUGCUGGCAGUGUGGGACACCUGCCUAGAGUACAAGAUUCUGCUGUACUCCUUGGAUGGCCGGCUUCUGUCUGCAUACUGUGCCUACGAGUGGUCCUUGGGCAUCAAGUCUGUGGCCUGGAGCCCCAGCAGUCAGUUCCUGGCCAUUGGGAGCUACGACGGAAAGGCGCGCCUCCUUAACCACGUGACAUGGAAGAUGAUCACUGAGUUUGAGCAUCCCGCCACCAUCAAUGACCCCAAGAUAUUUGUUCAUGGAUGGCUCAAGGGCCAGGCUCCCCUGCAGUCUGUACUUCCUGUCACAUUGCCCACACUGCCCACCUGCUGCAGAUCCCUGCUCUCCAGAGGGGACCAAGGUCCCUGCAGAAAAUACUGGGCAUCUGCUGUCACGCCAGGCACAGUGCUCUGGGCCUCAGCCAGACCCCUGCCCCUGCAGAGGGGAGGACAGAGGGACAGGCUGGGAAGGGGCUGGGAGAACUGGGGAUCUUCACGGGGUCUGGAGAGGGAGCAUUUCGGGUCCAGGGAGCAGGACGUGCAAAGGUGCUACCGUGGGGGUGGAAGAAGCAGCCAGCUGUGCAGCAGUUAGGGUGCUCACCGCCACUGGCUGCUGGGAGACAGCAGGGAACAAAGACAAAGUUGCUGACUGGCUCGUGGAGUCCAAAGAUACCUUAGAGCCAAGGGAAGGGUAGGGCUGCACACCAAGGCUAGGCAAGCUGCUAGCACUUUCCUCGGUGCCCUUCAAGAGGAACCUGGGAGGAGGGGCAAGGAGUCCUGAAGGGAGGCUGGUUUUAGGUAGAAGGGAGGCGCCUCCUAAAGCACUUGUGGAUGCACCUUUGGCCCCGCUAAAGGGCAGGCUGGCAGCAAGCCUGAGCCGGGGCCACACUGCCUGUUGUCUCCCGGUGAGGGCAGAUCCUGUACUUAUGUCCAGCCUGUGAACUCAGUGCCCUCAUGGAUACUUCUCAG